AUGAAUUAUGCCCCGCGUUCUUCGCGUUGGUUUGUUUCGUACCAUCUUUUCUGGGCGCCAGUCCAAGCCAUCCGGUAUCCUCCUUUUUGCCCUCGCGCAAUCCAAAGCAGCCCCUCGGAGAAGGUGUCUUCCAUGGAUCGUGUUCGUUUUUUCCGUCGUGCAUUCCGAAGCAGCCCCUCGGAGCAGAUGCCUUCCACGGAUCGUGCCGCACUGAUUGCGUUGUUUCAUUCGACUGAUGGAUCAAAUUGGAAAAGGAAGAGCAACUGGAACACGGACGCGGGGCUAGCUACUUGGGAGGGGGUCGAACUUAACCACGCGGGCCGUGUGGUGGGGCUGUUCCUGCCGAACAACAACCUCCACGGGUCCAUUCCCGAGGCGCUUGGAGCUCUCAGCGAGCUGGAGAAGAUAAACAUGAGCAACAACAAGCUCACUGGUGAGACAGGAUGGCGUGCGAAGAUUGAUUCCUUUCGUGUCUCCCCCACGCGGUAG